GGGAUGCACGCCGACCAAUGGCGUGCCGACGCGGUCCGUCACGUGACGACCCAUCACACAUGGCGUUUGCGAUCAUGGAGGCAGUCCAUGGCCGUCGGCCCUUGCGCACCGCCGCGGUCGUCUUCGGGCGACCCGAGGUCGUCGAUUAAGCACUCAUGGAGUUGCGGCUCCACAGCCCCGCCGGUGCCGAGCCGGCGGUCUACCCCUGGCCGCUCUCCACCUCGGACAAGCAUGACGGUGCCAUCGAAAUCGUCGAGACAAUACGCUGGGUCUGUGAGGACUUUCCAGAGCUCAAGGCGGCCAUGGAAAACCACGUCCUCAAUGACUAUGAUACCAAAAGCUAUGAGAGCAUGCGGACCCUGUGUGACAAGUACAACCGGGCAAUCGACAGCUUCUUGCAACUCUGGAAGGGCACGUCACGUCCUGAGCGCCUGCAUACGCGGCCAUCGACGGCACUCCUGCGGCACAUCCUGCAGCAGGUCUACAACACGGCCAUCGUUGAUCCUGAGCGGCUCAACUCUUACGAGCCCUUCUCCCCCGAGGUGUAUGGCGAGACAUCCUUUGAGUUUGUGGCACAGAUGAUCAACGAACUGGCGUUCACACCCGACGAUGUCUUCAUCGACCUGGGCAGCGGUGUGGGCCAGGUGGUUCUGCAAGUCGCAUCCUCUACGCCUUGCAAGAUGUGCAUUGGCAUCGAGAAGGCCGAGGUGCCGUCGCGGUAUGCACAGUCGAUGGACGCGCACUUCCAGUUUUGGAUGCGCUGGUAUGGCAAGACGCACGGGGACUACCGGCUCAUCAAGGGCGACUUCCUCCACGAAGCACACCGGGAUAUGGUCAUGAAUGCCUCGAUUGUUUUUGUCAACAACUUUGCAUUUGGACCAACAGUGGACCACAUGCUGAAGGAGAAGUUUGCCGAGAUGAAGGAUGGCUCACGGAUUGUCUCCUCCAAGGCCUUCUGUCCUCUCAACUUCCGGAUCACGGACAGAAACCUGAGUGACAUUGGAACCAUCAUGCAUGUCAAGGAGAUCCAGCCCCUGAAGGGCUCAGUCUCUUGGACGGGCAAGCCAGUAUCCUACUACCUCCAUGUCAUAGACCGGACAAAGCUUGAGCAGUAUUUUCAACGCCUCAAGAAUCCUAAGCUGAGGGACGACGAUUCAUCAUGCAACUCGUCGCGGAGCCGCCGCAGCAAUGGCCACAGUGGCCACGGGACACGCUCGGCAAAUGGCAGUGUCUGCAACGGCAGUCUGAGCCACGACUCUUCGUCCAAUGACUCGAGGGUUGACGACUGCCUCGUGCUCGGACCCACAACACGCCGGGCCUGGUCCGACUGGUGCAACAAGGGGCCGAUGCCGGGCGCGAAGCAAGGCAGCAGCGUGUCUGCCCUCAGCAGCGGGCACGAGAGCAACGAUGAGAACGAGCCGGUAAAGAGACGACCCAAGGCACCUAGGCGAACACCACGGCGAAAGAAACCAAGCAGGGUGGACUCCGGGGCAUCAUCAGUGGCAUCGGUUGAGGUGCGCAAGGGACCGGGCCGACCAAAGAAAUCGCCCCAGCGUAACAACAGGCGCGUAGGGCGUAAGCCAAUGAAAUUCAGCGGCCUCGAUCUCCUGCAUGCCCAGACGGUGCUGAGCACGUCUAGUGCAGCUGCCAUGCACACAGAGCCUGCUCCUGGCUGUGUUGACCAGAAGCUCGGGGGCCUGGCUCCGGAAGAAGGAUCACUCUCGAGCGAGUUGCCAACCGGCUUCCACGAAGUGACUGUGAAGACCGAGCCACCCACAGAAACCUCCAUGGACAGCAUUGCAGCAGCUGCCAUGACCAACUCCAUGGCUGUGUCUGGCCCACCGCCACGUCCACUGACGCCGUUGGCAGAGCCGCCUGAGCUGAAGGCCAUGCUGAAUGACUUCCGGGCACAGUACAUGGCCAUGUUGAACCACAUGCGGACUGAGCAGUACCGGCAGCAGGUCAAGGAGCACAUUGCCAGGGAGAGGGAGCGCAACGAGAGGCUAGUGGCCAAGGCAGCGCACUUGGAGCGACAGAUCAAGCACCUCAUUGACGACAGCGUGGUCCUGUUGAAGGCGCGCAUGAACGAGCUGGGAGUGCAAAGCCAUACGCCCGCUGACCUUAUCAACAUGUGUCAUCUUCUGAGAGCAAGUGGCAACAGCCAUCGCAGGCUACUUCAGGCAAAAGAAAUUGUGGUGCGCCACAAGGAGUUGCAAUCGAAGGCAGCAACCCUAGAGCGAGAGGUGAUUCACUUGGAGGAGCAGCAGGCGGAACUGCUGGCAAGGCAAGUUCCCAGUGCCAGGGUCCCACCCCCACCCUCCACACCAGGGGUCGCCAACCCUCCUGCUUCAACCGGAGGAGACAGCACCACCACUGCCGCUGUCCCCACCAUCACCACCUCCGCGGCAACUGCGGCAACCACCAACGGCUUUUUUCUGCCCCCCAACCCAGAGGGCCUGAGCCAGCUGUCGCACGAGCACAUUCUGCGUGAGAUCAGCAGCACCUUGUCGCAGCGCCGCAAGCUUCACAACAAAGUCCAGAAGCUGGAAGGUGAAGUGCAGGAGCUGGAGCGCACCCUUGUCUCGCCACCUCCGCGGAGGCCGCCCACACUUGCCUCUCCUUUCACCACAAUGCAACAGCAGCAGCACCUACAACCUUCAGUGCCACUCUCUCUUGCGGGACCAGUCCCCGACAUUGUCUCCGAGCCUGGUGUGAUGCAGCAGGCCGAUAUCAAGCCAGAUGACUUGUCAAACCGAGCGGUUCGUACGGCAACACCACCACCGCCAAAACUGGGACCACAGGCCACUGCCACUUUGCCAGCUGCUGCUUGGUCAUCCUCUUCUGUUUCAGCAAAGGCACCCAUUCAGGAGCCGUCAGCACCGACAGAUUUAAGCAGUGUUGUUUCAGACCGUGGCCCUCCCGACAGUGGGCCACCUAGUGUCAUACAGAGUGCCCCUCCAAAAGAGAAAGGCACCAAGGACAAAAAUAUUGCCGCUUCUGUUCCAAAGAUCGCAGCACCACUGACAUCAACUGCUGAGGAGGCCCCGCCCGAGAGACCACGCCCCCCAGUAAUCCGAAGUGGUAUCAAGGACAUUGUUGAUGCGAGCUGCUUCUCGAUGACCUACUCGCCAGUCACACCUGGGCGGGUCCCAGGCACGCAUACCGAAACCAUGCCAGCUGCUGCACCCUCAGCCGUGGCAACGAAGACCGCGGAUGUGUUGCACACGAUCCGAGAUAAGUCUCCAACAAAGUCAAGCCACCACAAGACAGUAUUGCCUGUGCCACAGCGGACGGCCGCCCCACCAGAGUCACCGGUGCAUUGUGCCACCCAAGAGGAAUUGCCGCCGACGCCAAAGACGCCUGUUGAGGAUUCGUCUGCUAUGAGCAGUAGCAGUGGUGCCGCACACCAGUCGUCACGCAAGAGCAGCUCGCCGUCCAAGUCCAAGCACAGGAAGUCGCCCCGGAAACGGGAGCCCAGCCCUCCGCCGCCACCUCCACCGCCGCCGCCGCCACUGCCGCCGCCGGUGUCUGUGUCACCGUCUCCGCCUCAGCAGCCCAAAAAGAAAGCGGAGCUUGACGAUGCAGCUUCACCAGCGGCAGUGCCGCUGUCAAAACCGUCCAAUGGGCUCAUCUUAAACCUGGGCAGCCUUCUGGCUUCACGAAACGGCUACAGCCCAAAGCGGGAAGACAGAGCAUCGCGAAAGCUCAAACGAAAACACUCGCCGCACAAGCUGCGGGGUACAGAGGCGACGGCGGAGAGCAUCAGGCCUCCCUUGGGGCUUGGCGACAAGACUGUGUGCAUACGGAUGAAGUCAGAAACGGGAGUGGAUGUCGAAGAGAAGUUCACGAUCAAGGCCGAAGCGCUGUCCCGGAGGCCCGAGGGCUCGUCGCACGGCCGCCACCAUUGGCAGGCGCGCGUGAGCAGCGGCUUCGACAAACUGGUCGCACUUGCCUCCUCCAACCAGCAGCCCGAGUCGGUGCCGGCCACAUCACGAAAGGAGCCAGCGGCCACCACCGGUGGGGCCUCGUCGUCCUCCACAUCGUCUUCGUCCUCAUCGUCCUCGUCGGAGCACUGCGAGGCCCCCCGACAGGCAGCUCUGCAGCAGCAGCCGCACAAGAAGUGGGUGGUCGAUAGGGUUCACCGGAAGGACCGCGGAGGGGAGAGCGGCACGCAGCUCGAGAGCCUGUCCAUCAAGAUCAAGGCCGUGAACGCGGGCCCGCCCUCGCCCACGGCCCGCAAGAGGCACCGGAGUCCGCCGGCGCCUUCCCCCUGCUCCUCUUCCUCCAAGAAGGGGGGCGGGCCGACGACGGCCGGCCGUUCUCCGCUGCCCAAGAGGCGGGGCCCGCGCACCCCGCCAGACACGCCCCCUCGGACUCCAUCUGCCUCCCCCGAGCGGCCCGUUACGCCGCGCACGCCGCUGUCACCCACGCCGCCCUCGCACCGUGUCCGCCGCGACGAUGAGCCCCCGCACAGCCCCAUCAGCAGCGUGGACAGCCCGUUCAGCCGGCGCAGCCGGUCCACAAGCCCGCUCCCCGGCAGCCCUGUUGAGGAGGACGACGCCGACGAUGUUGACCGUGCCACGCCACGCAGUGGCACCUCCAGCACCGACGACCCGCCGCACCCGCCGCUUGAUAACACCGUGUAUAACAAGCUAGGGCUCGGCACCCGGGACAUUUCAGUCACCUCCGAGCAACAGCAGGCUUCCUCCGUGGGCAUUGCUCCUGACAAGGACGGUCUCUGGGACUGGGCCAAGGAGCAGCCGGCGGCCACGACAACCCUUCCGGGGGCGCCAUCUCGCUCGGACCCUGCAUCGUCGUACGCCGCCGCUGUGUCGUACGCAGCUGCCAGCCUCGACUCGUCGUCACUGCGGCCACAGGCACCCCUGAUGCUGGUCACGUCGUCCAGUUUGGCCCCACCUCCGAUGCCACCCCCGCUAACGCCGCAGAUGGCAGCGGCCCCUCCUCCCCCACCGCCUCCGCCACCACACUGCUCGCUGCCGCCACCGUUGGUGGCCAACGUGUCGGUGCCGCCGCCCUUCAACAUGCCUCCUCCCCCGCCCCCUCCACGCACAGCACCCGUGUACAACCCGUCGCAGUUGGUGUUGCCGGACACAUCAGUUCCGCCCCCAUUCCUUGGCCCCACCUCCAUGGCGCCUCCCCCGUGCAACUUCACCGUGCCCCCACCCAACAUACUGGCUGCUGCAGCGGCCGGCCAUCCGGCUUCACAGCAUACAGCGGGAACUGAGCCGCCGCCUCAGCACAGGCCCCGCCCCCACUUGGCCCCGCCCCAAUACACGGCAGGGCCUUACACGCUACCCCUGGAGUCGGCUCAGCGAGUGCCCCAUUACGCCGCGCACCCGCCAGGACUGACGCCUCACAAGAUGCCCCAUCCUGUGCACACACAGCACUACCUGACUUGACGUCGGCGUCACCGGGGCUCGACCCGCAAGCGGAAACGACGAGAUUCUCACCAUCGCCACCCCCACACUGCCACAGCGCCCGUCAGCGAAGCGACAAGCGCAGAGUCCCUGGGACACAGUUCGGUCGAUGCCUGAUGAUCCUACGUGACAGAAGUGUGUGCAGACGUGUUUGAAACAAUCUUGUUUUGUUCCAUUUUAAAUUUCUGCGGGCCAACGACCGACGCUGGAAAGUGAAGAGGUGAUGGAAGUCAUCGUCGUCGUUCGGUUCCUCGGGUUCCGGAUUUCUCCUCAGAAAGGCGCCGUGUCGUUUUUCUUGUUGUUUAUAUUUUAUGGGGAGGGGAGGAGCACUUUUGUUCUGUUUAGAACAGGGUGUUGCACAUUUAGGUACUGGCCGAUGAAAAGCUCUCGCAUUAAAACUACUGCAUCGCGUUCAUGACAGCCUGUUUUCAGGAAACCAUGUUUCGUGGUGCAUGCUAUUAACUUUUUUGUUCUUUAGUUAUUUAUUCAGCACGAGCUGUUGAUGCAGAGUGAGUUGGUGGUAAGCAAAUGAAAGGAGAAUGCCAUGACCGAUGGCUUACAUAAUAUGGUUUGUAAUUGGCCUCUGAACUACACAUGGUCAUAAGCAUGAAUUGGAAAUAGGCAAUGCUUUUUUUGUUGUUGUUGUCCGUGACCAUUCAGGGGUUCUACCUGAUUGUGCAGCUCCCUGGUCUUUCGUGCCUCUUGUGUCUGAUGUUAGAAUUUAUUGGAGGGUUGCCCGGCACGGUCAAAAGCAUGUUUUACACAGACUUUUUGAACAUGGCCGUGAAAUCGGUCACCAAUUUGUGGACUGCCCACCAUGCUAGGGCUCUUGCAGACCCCAUGGAGUCUCUGAGCUAUGGAGUCUGCAUAUAUGCACCGUUACUUGUGGCACCUGAUUGAAUUGUGUGGCAAACUGGUUUCCAGUGUUUUUUACAGAGCAGCAAGCGCAUUGAAGCUUCUGUGUGCUGUGAAAUUGUUGAGCUUCUGAUACUGGAAUGCUUAUACCAAGCAUAUUUGUGCUGUUUCCAUGGUGGCCUGCUUUUUGAAUCGUGUGCAAAGCUUGUCUAAAUGUUAAGGCCCUCAGUUAUCAGCCGGAAAACAACCCUCCUCUGUGCCGUUUGCUUGUUGUAUUUAUUGCAUUAUUGUUUUCCUGGAGCAUUUCCCCUCCCCUAACCAAAGCGUGCCAUGGAUAGGCACUGUAGCUCAUUAAAGACUGAUCACUGCCACCAACAUUUUUCUUUUUUUUUUUUCAUUUUUGAUGCAAAACUAGUCAGAAGAGUGAAUCGUAGUGUUCUUCCUCUAGUUUGUUCAUGUCCUUACUCUCUGUUUCCCCUUCCCAGCUUUAACUUCUGUGUUUUCCACGUAACAUGGGAGCAGGGAAAUAAAGGUCUUAGUUGUUUUUUUCUUAACUGUUUUGUACACAUUCUUUAAGGAAGCAGUUUGUGCACAGUAGUGCUCGCAAAAGCUGGAUAAUUUCAUGCAAAACGUAAUGUCCCUUUUUGUUUGCAGGGCUAACAGGCUGUGCAUGCUUCCAUGCUUAGCGUUUUUUUUUUUUUUUUUCCAGACUGACAUGCAGACUUAGUGCAGGUGCUAUGAAAGCCAAAAAAAAAUUGCAUCUUUGUAGAUGCUUUCUUGCAAUGUUGCGAAACCAAGAGACCAAAAAUAAGUGAGCCAGUGAGACCAAAGUGUGUUCAUUUGCAUGACUGCUGGUUAGUCCACACGGGACUUUGCCGUCAGCUGUUUGUUGGCUUUGUCUUUCCGGUCUUCCUUCAGUGGCAGACUAGCGGACCUUUUUGUUUAAGUUGGGGUGGCCGAAUUACUGGAAGCUGCUCUAACGCUAAGAAUGGCACCUCCAGGCAGCCUUUUCACAGAGGCAGAGGAGUUCUUACUUUACAGCUUCACGUUUCACAUUUUCGUACGGAACGUAUUUGGAAACCAUACUGCCUGUUCUUUGCUGCACAGUGGCCAAAUUGCAAGUUGCAGAAGUGCUUUUGACUUUUCACGGAAUUUCCAGGCAACUUGGGAGUUUUACUUUUUGGUCUUAACAUAACUUGGCCGUCACGUCUCACACUUAUUACUCCGUUUCAGCUGAGAUUUGGAUGAAAGUAGCAUAGAGGUGCAUGAGAUUGCUUUGAGAGCACUCAGGUUAUAGUUCAGGAGCAUUUGGGUACAGCUAGAGUUUUCGCUAAAGCAACAUUUAAGCAGAGUGUAAUGAGCUUGCCAGCUUUGAAUUGCCUACUAGUUGCCAUUCACAAGCAAUGCUUCGAAACUGCACCUUUCGGCUGAUGACGCUUGCAAGAGAGGGAGUAAACUGUCUCCCGAAUCUUGAGGCCAGUACUGCCUAGAGGAUUGAAGUGUCACGGCAAUUACUAGCGACAAGUUGCACAGCUAAAAGCAAUGCAGAUUACAUCUCUUGGUUUGAAGUCCUGUCUAUUGUUACAUGGCCAAGGUUUCGGAAAGCUUCAGCUGCUUUUAGCUGCUCAUUAAGGAGGAGCCAUUUUUUUCCUCUUUCAUGGUGUGCGAAGGCUCCAAAGAAGCGCAAUCACGGUGUCGGCACCCUUGGCCCUGCUCAAAGAAACCUGCUAAGAUCUAGGCAGCCAGUGCGUUCAAACGUUAAUCAAGACACUCCCCGUGUUUACUUUGGCAGCGUUUCCAACUGUUUCCUAUGCUACGCUGCAAAUUUGUACAUUGUGAUGCCAUACGUGUCUUGGCUGACGUCUCUCUUGUUGUGUUGUGUGCAAAGGUCUCCUCCAGCCAAUUGGCCUCUUUGACAUUGACGAGCUUGCUUCCUCGUGUAUUUAUUUGCCUUUUUCUCUCCAACCUGCUUUUCCUCCGUGCAUCAUUCCACGUCGCCUGGCCAGCAGUUAAUUUUAGAAGCAAAAAGCAAUCACUGCCAGUGUUUGCGUGUGAGAACAUUGUGCACCGUGGUUCUCCCGACACCCUUCGAUUGUGCACUCCAAGAUGCCGAUUGUGAACGAGUGACCUGAAAGACCCUCUUCAAGAAGAUCCCCUCCCUUUCUUUCCGUUACGGUUGUUUGUCUCCUUUGUGUUGCCAAGCAAAGCAAGAGACUUCCCUCUCCGCGGCAGACUAUGAUCUGGCUACAUGUUCCGAUUGCUGCUUUUUUACCAUCGUGUGCUGCAAAACAGGCUUCCUUCCCCUCAAAUCCUCUCUGCCUGCAUUUGUUGUAUGUAACCCCGCUAUGUGUACCUGUGCCGGAAUGCUUCAACUUUUUCAGGGAGUCUGCCUUUUAUACGUGGGAGAAAUAGCGCAGGUUUUGUUUUCUUUGACGCUAGUGUUUGCUCUUUCGAAAUCUAGUGCGAGAGGCAUGCUUGAAGACACUGCUUCUUGUUGGACGUGCAUGCUCUCCUGGCGUUGCAGUUGUGCAGAUUGCUUCCUUCGCUGGUCAAGGUUUAUUCUCGUAGCCGCAUUCUGUUGGGUUGACGCCUUCCUUUCUUUUGUCUGAUCUGUGCAUAUUUUUGUCGGGGACGCGAGUAGUGUCUCGUCGAGGACCCCGCAAACUCACACACCUGAGAAUAAACACUGCCACUUGAUGCAUAGCUUGUACAUUGUCUAUUCAUGCCACGAUGUUGUAAAACAUUACUUUUCUGUGCGUGUGCGUUUUAGCAUCCAUUGUUUUAGGUGAAGGAACUGUGCGAAAGUGCUGUGCUUUGUUGUGGAGGGCUCAUCCUUGUGCACUGUCAGCUGCUAGAAAAGAUGAGCUCGCAAGCUUCUCUUCUGUUGCUCCGGGUCGACUUUAGAGGAGCGUGAGCGGACGCGUGCUUGCUGCUGUGUAUGUGUGCGCAAGUCUCGGCUACAUUGGCAAUCUCUAUUUUCCUGUGGCCGUGUCUACACGCUACCCUUUUCCGAGUGUGCAUAGCUGUAGCAUGACAAGUUUUUUUUCCUUCCUUGCUCUCGUUAAAGUUUUGGUGAUGGAAGAUGGCACAGUAUUGUAUAUAGCAUUUCUAGUGCUGGCGCACGAGAAUCAAGCAGGGAUUAAGUCCCACUUUGCUUUUGGUGAGAGGAAAAUGAUAUGUUGAGAAAGAAGCUUGUAUAUGUACACAUAUUUUUUCCUUCUCUUUGAGGUAAGCCCGUAGUUUGAAGAGGGGACGUUGUGCGUUGGUAUGGCCGCCAAGUAGUUAGGUGUUGUGAUUAAGCUUGCUCGCUAGACUCGUGUUUCCGGUAGCCUCAGUGUAGGAACAGUGCGCAUAUGGUCAUGGAUGAUGUAGGAAACCUAUUUAUAAGGAAGCAAGUAGGCUUGGCCGUCACGCAACAUGUCGGGUCAUGUAUGGUUCGCGGUACGAGAAAAGGUGGUGGGAGUUUCAGCUUGAUAGCAUGCACGCUGUUCGUGUUUACGCCUUAUAUGCGACACCUGGCAUCUUGUGGGAUUCCCCCUACUGCUUCAGAGUUUUGCCAAGCCUGCAUUGUCUGAAUGGCUUUGAAUAAUUGGCUACCAUCUCUUGAUGUAGCCAUAGCUGAUGUGCGUUUCUUGAGGACUGCGUAGUUGGGGCAUCUGGUGUGCUGCCUUGGGUUCUUGUCUAGAAAGUAGAAAAAAAAGGGGGGUUGGAGGAUGGAGCCUGGCAAAAGAAAGCUUUAAUCUGGAAUUCUUAUGACUACUUUUGUACAGCAGCAGUGGCAGCUACCAAAAUAGGGAAGCAUGGUCAUCUGUUGAAAUUUUUACCUGUUAUAUACCUGUCAAGUGGUAGCUUCUGUCCUUUUUGAGUGAAGCUGUGUCAAAAUUAUUGAGCACACUGAAACAUAAUUGAUCCCCCUCAGAAUGUUGAUCCUAGUUGAUAUGCUUGAUCUCCAAGUUCAUUUAAGGUUUCUACUGUUUUGCAUCUAGUAGCCAACUGAGUCAGAGCAUGUCAACAGCAGCCUUCAAGAACACUAGAGGUUUUUAUUCUGAUUGAUGAAGCACUCAAGCAAGAUUGAAGGCACCCAUGUGAUAGGAUAUGGAAGUUUAGCGAAAGUAGCUCCUUUUGGAGUGCUGAAUGGAAUAUGUGAGUAAUAAUUUAACAUAUGCAUUGUUUCAUACUGCAUUCUUUUUCUGUUGCUUAUUGCAACACACUGACAGGAAACCAGUGCUGAAAACAUCUGUACACAGUAGUUUCUAAACCACUGCAGCACACCAUACUCCACUUUUCGAACUCCAUGCAGUACAGUAAAAGCUGUGGGUUGCGUAAACCAACAAGGAGAUUGUCUGCUGUUGAUUGCCCUCUGUGCAGUGCUAACUAAGCAGAAGCAUCAUGGCAGUAUCAGCAUUAAUGGCAGCUGGCUGUCCUGUAGGUUGAUGCAAGCCAUACACUUUACUGUACUGGAUGGAGUAUAUCAGUGUUGAGGCGAAAUGAUGCAAAUGUGUAAAAAACGUCCUCUGUCUUUCCUUAGCAAAAUCGUAGCCAAGCAGGAAUGCGGGUUCUUCCAAACUCAGAUCGGCUGUGGGAAUGACGCGAGGUGCCUGGAGUUCUGCACGCGUAUUAGAGCAGUGAUAUUUCGUGGCUGCAUGGGGUGAGAACACUGUGUGCAUUGUUGCCGACGAGCCCUUGACAGGGCAGACUAAGAUCAUCCUAGCCUGCCAGAUUGCAAGUGCACACAGUGUGGUGUGUUAUGCCUGGUGAUGUUGGAACGUUUGUUGGAGGUGAUCGCCGGAAGUGUUGUUUUAAAUGGGUGUUGUGAGCACAUCCCCUCUGAGCUGCGGCUACAAGGACUUUGUGCGUUGUGGGCAUUCUCAAGGAGCGUCGCUUAUUUAAAUACACCCGUUUUCUUUCCAUUCUUGCUCUUUCGCUCUUAUUUUUCAUGUGUACAGACACCGUUUUUGUUGGGCAUUUUUUGAAGUUGAAGCACAACCUUUUCUUUCUUUUUCUCUGUCUUCACCAAUGUGGUUUACUCGGUAUGUGUAGUGGAUCACAUUCUGUUGCUGGCACUGUAUGGAAAUGCACAACAUUCUCAAUUGCAAAGUGAGUUGGUUGUGGAGGGGGGCUCUCUUUCCUUGUGUGGUGUGUGUUACUUAGCAUGAGAAAGCUUGGCCUCAUUGUGAUGGAACUGUUUCAUUGGCUUUCUUGCGUAACCAAACAUAUAUCAUCAGUGUGACUAUGUCUCAUCGUAGCCUUAGUUCCAGACAGGUGAUGAUGGUGCCGUACACGGCGUGUAUUUUGUGGAGACCCACAAAUUUCUCUUUUUUUUCCGCAUGGAUGAGCCUAGGCGAGAACCGUUUAUAACUUUGUGAAAACCACGGAAGCUUAAAAGAAAGCAUCACAUGUUUCUUCCCCACUGCCCAAGAGUUCUUGUGCCUGCAAUACCAGGCCAACUUAAUUUUAUUUCCAUCACCCUUCAGCAGCCCACGGGGCGCGGAAGAUGUGUACCUGUGUCCAAGAUGUCCACUGCGGUGUGGCGUUGGUGUACCAUUCUUUACUGCCAAAACUGCAACUCCUUGAAUCUGGGAUUGAGUUUGUUUGACUUGAACUCUGAGACUCGGGAGGGAGCUCUUGUGCUUGAGAGCAGGGUACUUGCACAGCCAAAGUUUGUAUUGAAUUGCAGCCUUUUCACCGAUAGCAUUCAGUGGUAAAUGUCAUGCUUCAUUCAGAUGUGUACCUGAGUUUUCAAAGAGCUGCCAAGCAUCACAUCGCUGCACUGUUACCUGCUUACACCUCUUAAGCAUUAACCAUCUAUGUGUUCGUUUUCGACACAAGGCAUCAGUAUUUCUGUAUGUGCAGCAAGUGAAUUCAUAUUCAUGCUGCUUGCUCAUCAACCAUCUUAAUUUAUUCUGUUCAGUAUGACGGCCAAAGCGCGUGAUGCUAUCAACAUACAUGCCUGCUUGUAUGUGGUAGGUUUCCCUUUUUUUUCUCCAUUUGCUAUUGCUCUAAUGACGUUUUUGCCAUUAGACAGAAUGACUGGUGCACCUACAGCAGGUUGAGUUUAGUACAUGCCUCAAUAAAUUGUUCAGGACUUUGUGCGAGUUCAGUUUUUACAUUAUAUAGUGUCUAAGGCAUAAAUGUGUGCUCAGUUGGGUAGUUUAGUUAGGGCACUCUUGCAUUGGAGAAGCCAGUUUAUUAAACUAGUUCUUCAGUGCUAGCACGAUAAAAAAAAGCAAACUACAUAGCUGUAGAAUUGCUCCGUUCAAAAGAGGAAUGUUGCUCCAGAUCAUUUAAGAUUCGAGGUGAGGUAAGGUUAAUGAAUACAUUUUGUAGCGCACUGCCUCUUUUUGUGCUAUUUGUUUUGUAUUUAUUUAGCUGCUAGUUCAAAUGUCUCAUCAUGCCAUACCGCAGUGGACAUAGUGCCACCCGAGGUGCUGCGGUACACUAUUGCUCCCACAGCGUGGGUAACAACUGUGUUCGAGUUUUUUCUUUUUGGUGCACAUACAAGGACACUGCUGUGUCAACGCAUUCUAUCAAGCUGACGCAGAUCAAUUGUGCAGAAUUUGGAAAAUGGCGAUAAUUGACUUUCUUGCAAGUGUGGAACAGAUUUAACGCAAGGAUAAUAGUGUGACGGGUUUACCUUUCUUUUCCUUUUUUCCUAUUGUAUUUUUAGACAGAACACUGAAACUGUUGCAUGUUAACCAGUUUGUUGUUGAUGCUGUGUUUUUCAUUUUAGAGAUAUUUAUAAGCCUGUACAGGAAGCACACACUCUACGACUACUGCCGACAGAAAUCAUUUGUACCAUACCUCAAAAGUGUCUAUUGUAACAAAUGGGAAAAAGAGAAAUCCACACUUCCAACUGUAGCAUUUGGAAUUAAAAACACCCCUCUUUUUAGCAAAACUGUG